GAAACUGCUUCGAGUGGUUGAUAAUUAGGGUUUGAGCAAGCAUACUUUCCUAUUAAUAUAUUGAUAUGAUAAGGAUGAUUUUGGACUGUAGCCAAUUUACACAAGUGUCUGCGGUAAAUACCCUACUGACACAACAUGAUACACAAAAAAGAAAUAGAGUCCAUUCUCUCUGUACACAUAUAGUCUCUCUGCACACAUAUAUUUUCUCUGUACACAUAUACCUUAUCCCAGUUAUACAUUGGUGCUGUUUAUUCAUACAUGAUAUUCCUACAUCGCGAGUGAUUCAUUACUUUGGAAAAUAUCCAUUGCCAUUUUAUAAUUAUUCCACCUUGUUGGGGAAUAAUCCAGAAAUUUCUAAUCUGGCACAGGAAAAGCAAUACCAGAAAUACGAAAAUGUCUUCUUCAACUAUAGUAUCGGUCCUGGUUAUAAUAUCUGUCUUGGAUACUUGGCACGUGUCCGCAUUCACCGUCACUAAUUGUAUGCCUGAUCAACAAAACAACUCCGACAAUAUUCUCAGUAUUAUUGAUGCUCACAUCAAUCCUUCCGAUAUUGUUGCUCCUGGGAAUUUGCUGGUGCGUGUGAACUUAGAUAUCCUUCGCAACGUCACCAGUGACCUUGACCUGUCAGUGGUGAUCAAAAAGAAGGUGUGGCGCUUUUGGAUAACCAUACAUCGGAGGACUCACAGUUUGUGUGGUGUGCUGGACAGAGAAUUCCUUGAAGUGGACGGAACAAAUGAUUGUCCAAACCAAUUAGUAGAUGCUGGAUUACCGUGUCGCUGUCCCUUCACUCAGGGUCGAUACAGCUUGCCAGAGUCUUCAUUUUACAUAAACCAACCAAUCUAUUUUGCUUACGGGCAGUACUGGACUCAGGCACUCUUAAGGGAUCCAAAUACUGGUGCACUGAAAGCUUGUUACGUCAUGGAGUUGAAUCUUUCACGACCAUGACAAGACUUUAAAUUGUUUCUUGAUCUUGAACUUGUUUGAAUGAUAACACACAACAUUCGUGAUUGUUAGUAUAAACAAUAAAGAAAUGUUGGAUUCA